AUGGCACAGAGUGGAAACGGAGCAGCAUGUAAGAGUGAUGUUACAUCACUUGGUAAGGGACAAGAGCUGAAUUUUGAUGAUGACACACUGAAAGGUAAAGAUUCUUACAAGUGUUAAUAGUGUAUCACCAAAAGGCCUUUAAUAUAGCAACCUAAGGACAAAUGAAAUAAAAUAUACAAAAAUGACAAAAAACAAAACAAAAAAGUGGUUAAAGAGUCAAAAUCGUUAAGCAUUCUCUCUACUAAAGGUGGUUUUUUAACUUUUUAUUUAGAUUAGGCUUUUCGUAGAAUCAUUUGUGGUCGAGUUUACCACUUGUGGCAAAAUGAAUGGCUGUUUUGGUACUGGUGCGUUAUAUACAACUGAAGAUAAUGUCAAUUUACAGCUUUAUACUGAUUUUUCCAGAUCAAACAGUUAUGGCACAGAGUGUAAACGCAGCAGUAAGUGAGGGUGAUGUUACAUCACUUGGUACCGGAGAAGAGCUAAACUUUGAUGAUGACACACUGAAAGGUAAAGAUUCUUACAACUGUUAAUAGUGUAUCACCAAAAGGCAUUUAACAUAGAAAUUUAAGGAGAAAUGAAAUAAAAGAUACAGAAACGAAAAAAAUAGUCAUUUGAUAACAUUCAACAUACAUAAAGACUGAAUGUCGUUAAACAUUAUCUCCGCUGGAUGUGUUUUUUUUAAAAUCUAGAUUAAAAUUUUGGUAAAAUUUGUGGUCGACGAAUUCCUUUAUCUUGAGGAUUCACCGUUACAUAUAGCCCUGCAUUAGCUUCCGGCAAGUAUGAUUCCUAUUUUCCUGCAACCUGAAAGAUGCACACGUACCGCAUAACGGUUUAUUAGUGUGAGCUACAAAUUUAAUGCAUUUUCUGCUUUUUUAGUAUUUUUAACAUCAGAAAAUGAGGAACGGAACGACCAAAUUUGCCCCUAUUUCACAUGUCUGUGACCAAUGUCUUGAUCAACGCCAUUGAUGAGUCAACAAGGGACACCAUUUGUCUAACUGGGGAAUAAAUUAUCUCUGUCGUAUUUUUCGUUUUAAUCUGUAGCAAGGAGAUGAACACACAAAAAUGUUGCACACGAUAGUCCGUAUUGUACUCUUAUAUUUUGUAGCCACAAUUAUAAUUCAAUAUUUUAUUUUUUUACACCAAAGCAAUUUUCGUUCCCAAGGGGUAUUCCGGAUUUCAAGAGACGUGGAUGACCGAAUGGGCGCAAAAAUCAAAACCCCCUAAAUUCCCUAGACCAAAAAUUAACUUCCCAAAAAAUCCUAAAUCAAGCCAGCUACGAAAAUACUUGAAAAAAUUUUUGCUACCCCAAAACUAUCCCAGAAUUGAAAAUUUUAAACCCUAUUAAUUCUUUGAUAAUCGCUAUCACUUGAAAUCCGGAGUACCUUCACUGGAGUUUUUUGUUCCACUCCAAAUUUCGUAAUCGAAAGUUUUGCUUAUGACGUACAUCAUAACCGCAUAACAGAUUGUCGAAUCCGAAGCUUGAUCGGAGAGACCUGCAAGUAAAACGGAAACAACCACGAAUGGGAAAAGAACUAAGUAUCCUAUACUUUUUGGAAACCGAAAUACACUCAACUGGAAAACGAAGCACCCUCAACUCCAGUGAAAGAACCUAUAAUCAACUACAAUGGGUCAGUUAAUUUGAAGUGUGACCAUCCCCUUUGGGCAUUUACGUUGUCUCUAGGUACUCUUACCUACGGUGGGACAUUUGAAAUCAAACGUUUGUCUUGCGGAGGGCAGAGUAUAGUAGAGUUUUACGUUUUUAGCGUCUUACUUUGACAAAUUUUGCCGUAUUAGUGUUUUUGUCAAAUUUUCCUGCGGUACUUAUGUAAUUGUGAUCUUUAAUUCUAAUAUUGUAGUAUUUCUAAACAUGCGGAAUUUUUUUGUGAUUGGCUCGGCGAUUUUAGCAUGGUUGUGUCGAAUUUCUCGAUUUCUCUUUGCAGUGUUACGGUGUUCCGUACACCCUUAGUCGCUCUUCAAUCUUUCUUUUUGCGCAUGCGUAUACUUCUGCUACAAGACCAGCUUUGAUAGUGUGAUAUUGUGCCCAGUAACCGUUUCAGAAGGGUUUACCAAACAGUAUUCCCAUGAUAAUUUGUUAUGCGGUUAAACCUAUCAACAGAAAUAAUUAGCAAGGCAUUUAUAAUAACGGAUGCUAAGAUCCUAUGGUGCCACCAAUGCAACUUCACAUUGUACCAUUUAUUAUUAUAGUUAUUAUAACUAUUAUAUUAUUAUUAUUAUUAUUAUUAUUUCAAAAGGUUAUUUUAGUGUUAAUCCAAUCUUACGUUUUUGUAGUUUUAAAAGUAAAAAAAAAAGUUGUUGUUGAUGUGGUCAUAGCAGCCAAACGUCUUUAAGUAGCAAACCGGAUUUAUAUAAUUAACAUUGUUUUUAUCAGGAAUUUUUAUCAACAAAGUAUUACCAAUAACGAAAGCUGUUUCAAAUUAUGACGAUUAUCCCGUUAAGUUCUAUAAAACUAAAAGUAAUCUUUACCGAAUUUCACUUGCACCAAAAAGAAACAAUAUGUUUAUAAGGAUUAUUGGUGCAAUUGACUCCUGAUUCUGUUUUCAAAUAUGGUUCUGUCACGUGUUACUGAACUGGUACUGUAUGUCCCUGCUGCUACUAAGUCGAUUGACUAGGGUAACAAAAAAAAACUGCAAAAAACGUCCCUCUGAAUCUGAAACUGAAUCAGCCACCGAGAUUGUCGAAAAGUUAGUUGGCAAUGGUUGGUUACUAGGUGGCCUGAGCGACUGGGCUACUUAAUUCUGGAAAACAGUGUCAUGUCUUGAUUGAAAGCACAAAAAAAGACUGAAUCAGAUUACGUGUACUGUCCCGUUGUUUAAAAAUUACUUCACCACGCAUUUCAUGACUGCCUGCCACAGAAUUUUGAUUGAUUUGUUCAGUCCAUAAAAGUUUUAUACUAAUGUGAGUUUACCACUUGUGGCAAAAUGAACGGUUGUUUUGGUACUAGUGCUUAUACAAGUGAAGUUAAUUUUGAUUUAAAGCUUUUUACCGAUUUUUCCAGAUCAAACCAUUAUGGCACAGAGUGGAAACGGAGCAGCAUGUGAGAGUGAUGUUACAUCACUUGGUACCGAACAAGAGCUGAAUUUUGAUGAUGACACACUGAAAGGUAAAGAUUCUUACAAGUGUUAAUAGUGUAUCACCAAAAGGCUUUUAAUAUAGCAAACUUAGGAGAAAUGAAAUAAAAUAUAUAAAAAGGACAAAAAACCGUCAUUUGAAAACAUUCAACAUACGGAAGUGGUUAAAGAGUCAAAGUCGUUAAACAUUAUCUCUACUGAACGUGGAUUUUCAACUUUUAUCUAGAUUUGGCUUUUCCUAGAAUUUGCGGUCGAGUUUACCACUUGUGGCAAAAUAAAUGGCUGUUUUGGUACUAGUUCUUUAUAUGCAAGUGAGGAUAAUGUCAAUUUACAGCUUUAUACUGAUUUUUCCAGAUCAAACCAUCAUGGCACAGAGUGGAAACGGAGGAGCAAGUAAGAGUGAUGUUGCAUCACUUGGUACCGGACAAGGGCUGAACUUUGAUGAUGACACACUGAAAGGUAGAGAUUCUUGAACUGUUAAUAGUGUAUCACCAAUUGACUUUUAACAAAUGAAACAAAAGAUACAUAAAGGAAGAAUAACCGUCAUUUGAUAACACUCAACACACAUAAAGACUGAAAGUCGUUAAACAUUAUCUUCACCGAGGGUGUUUUCUAUUUUUUAUCUAGUAUAAUUUUUUUCUUAAAUUUGUGGUCAACGAAUUCCUUUAUCUUGAGGAUUCACCGUUACAUAUAGCCCUGCAUUAGCUCCCUCUAAGUAUGAUUCCUAUUUUCCCGCCAACCUGAAAGAUGCACACGCAAGGCAUAACGGUUUAUUAGUGUGAGCUAUAAAUUUAAUGCGCUUUCUGCUUUCUCAGCAUUUUUAGCAUCAGAAAGUGAGGCACCGAACGACCAAAUUUGCCCCUAUUUCACGUGACCAAUGUCAUGAUCAACGCCAUUAAUGAGUUAACAAGUGACACCAUUUGCCUAUCCGUGGAAUAAAUGAUCUCUAUCGUAUUUUUCGUUUUAAUCUGUAACAAAGAGACGAACACGGAAAUGAACAUGUUAAAAUGUUGCACACGAUAGUCCGCAUUGUACUCUUAUCUUUUGUACCCAAAAUUAUAAUUCAACAUUUUAUUUUUUUAUACCAUAGCAAGUUUCUUUCUAAACGGGUAUUCCUGAUUUCAAGAGACGUGGAUAACCGAAUGGGGGCAAAAAUCAAAACCCCAAAAAGAGUCCCUGGACAAAAAAUUAAAACCAAAAAAAAUCCUAUACAGAACGGCGCACCACCAAGAUUAUUCAGUUAAAAUCAAGCCAACUAAGAAAAUACGUGCAAAAUUUUUCCUACCCCAAAAGAAUCCCCCAAAUUUAAAAUUUUAGACCCAAAAAAUCCUUCGAUCAUCGCUGUCACUUGAAAUCCGGAGUACCUCCACUGGAGUUUCGUUCCAUCCCAAAUUUCUUAAUCGAAAGUUUUGCUUAUGACGUGUUUCACAAGAGCAAAACAAAUUGUCGAACACGAAGCUGAAUCGGAGAGACCUACAAGUAAAAAGGGAACAACCAGGAAUGGUAAAAGAACCAAGUAUCUUGUAUGUUUUGGAAACCGAAAUACACUCAACUCGAAAACGAAGAACCCUCACCUCCGGUGAAAGGGCCUGCUGCAAUCAACUAAAAUGGGUCAGUUAAUUUGAAUUGUGACCAUCCCCUUUAGGCAUUUGCGUUGCCUCUAGCUUCUUUUGCCCACUGCACCGUUGGGCAUUUGGAAUCAAACGUCUGUCUCGGGGAGGGGAGAGUGUAGUAGAGGUUUACAUCUUUAGCGCCUUACAUUGAGAAAGUUUGCGGUAUUAUUGUGUUUGGCAAAUUUUUAUGCGGUACGUAUGUAAUUGUGGUCUUGAAUUCUGAUAUUGUGGUAUUUCUAAACUUGCAGAAUUUUUCUAAUUGGCUGGGCGAUUUUUAGAAUGGUUGUGUCGAAUUUCUCGAUUUUUCUUUGCGGUGUUACGGUAUCCCGUAUACCACUAGCCGCUCUUCAAUCUUUUUUUUUGCGCAUGCUACAGGGCCGGCUUUGAAAGUGUGACAUUGUGUCCAGUUGAGGUUUCAGAAAGGUUUACCAAACAAUAUUCCCAUUAUAAUUUGUUAUGCGGUUGAACCCAUCAACAGAAGUAAUUAGCAAGGCAUUUAUAAUAACGGAUGCUGAAAUCAUAUGGUGCAUCUACAGCACCUUCACAUUGUACCAUUUAUAAUUAUAAUUAUAAUAAUAAUUAUUAUUAUUACUAUUUGAAAAGGUUAUGUUAGUGUUAAUCCAAUCUUAAGUUUUUGUAGUUUUGAAAGUUAAAAAGUGUUGUUGUUGAUGUGGUCAUAGCAGCCAAACAUCUUUAAGUAGCAAACCGGAUUUAUAUACUUAACAGUGUCUUUGUCACGAAUUUUUAUCAACAACGUAUUAUCAAAUAAAGAAAGCUGUUGCAAAUUAUGACUAUUGUCACGUUACGUUCUGUAAAGCUAAAAGUAAACUUAACCGAAUUUCACUUGCACCAAAAAGAAACAAUAUGUUUAUAAGGAUUAUUGCUUCAAUUGACUUCUGAUUCUGUUUUGAAAUAUGGUUCUGUCACGUCUUACUGAAGUGGUACUGUAACUCUCUGCUGCUACUGAGUCUAUUGACUAGGGUAACAAAAAAACCUGCAAAAACCGUCACUCUGAAUCUGAAACUGAAUCAACUACCGAGAUUGUCGAAAAGUGAGUUGGCAAUGGUUGGUUAUUAGGGUAACCUGAGCGACUGGGCUACUGAAUUCUGAAAAGCAGUUUCAUGUCUUGAUUGAAAGAACAAUGGAAAACUGAAUCAGAUUACGUGUACUGUCCUGUUGUUUGAAAAUUACUUCACCACGCAUUUCAUGACUGCCUGCCACAUAAUUUUGCUUGAUUUGUUCAGUCACUAAAAGUUUUAUACUAAUGUGAGUUUACCACUUGUGGCAAAAUGAAUGUUUGUUUUGGUAACAGUGCUUAUACAAGUGACCCGAGUUAAUAUUAAUUUAAAGCUUUUUACUGAUUUUUCCAGAUGAAACCAUGACGGCACAGAGUGCAAACGAAUCAGCAUAUGGGAGUGAUGUUACAUCACUUGGUACCGGAAAAGAGUUGAAUUUUGAUGAUGGCACACUGAAAGGUAAAGAUUCUUACAACUGUUAAUGGUGUAUCACCAAAAGGCCUUUAAUGUAGCAAACUUAGGAGAAAUGAAAUAAAAUAUACAAAAAAGACAAAAAAACCGUCAUUUGAAAAUAUUCAACGUACGGAAGUAGUUAAAGAGUCAAAGUCGUUAAACAGUAUCUCUACUGAAGGUGGUUUUUUCAUUUUUUAUCUAGAUUAGGCUUUUCUUAGAAUUUGUGGUCGACUUUAUCUCCUGUGUCAAAAUGAAUGGCUGUUUUGGUACUGGUGCUUUAUAUACAAGUGAAGAUAAUGUUAAUUAACAGCUUUAUAAUGAUUUUUCCAGAUCAAACCAUUAUGGCACACAGUGGAAACGGAGCAGCAAGUGAGGGUGAUGUUACAGCACUUGGUACAGCAAAAGAGCUGAAAUUUGAUGAUGACACACUGAAAGGUAGAGAUUCUUACAACUGUUAAUCGUGUAUCACCAAAAGGCCUUUAACACAGAAAUUUAAGGAGAAAUGAAAUAAGAGAUACAGAAAGGAAAAAAAAAACUGUCAUUUAGUAACAUUCAACAUACAUAAAGACUGGAAGUCGUUAAACAUGAUCUCCACCGAGGGUGUUUUUUAUUUUUUAUCUAGAUUAAACUUUUUCUUCAAUUUGUGGUCGACAACUUGUUCCUUCAUCUUGCGGAUUCCCCCUUACAUAUAGCCCUGCAUUAGCUCCCGGCAAGUAUGAUUCCUAUUUUCCCGCCAACCCGAAAGAUGCACACGCACCGCAUAACGGUUUAUUAGUGUGAGCUACAAAUUUAAUCCAUUUUCAGCUUUUUUAGUAUUUUUAACAUCAGUAAGUGAGGAACGGAACGACCAAAUUUGCCCCUAUUUCACAAGUCCGUGACCAAUGUCAUGAUCAACGCGCUCGGAUGAGUUAAAGUGUCAAAGUGACAGCAUUUGUCUAACCGGGAAAUAUAUCAUCUCAGUGUUAUUUUUCGUUUUAAUCUGUAGCAAGGAGACGAAGACGGAAAUGAACACACAGAAAAGUUGCACACAUUUUUCUUUUUUGUUAGUUCAAUAACGACACAGCAGUUCAAUAAGUAGACAACAGAUCAAUAACCACACCAGUGGUUCAAUGACUACACAUCAGUUCAUUGAGCGUAAACUACAUGCAGCUGUGGGAAGAAUAGCCACAAAUACGUUAGUUAUUUUUUAAUAAUAAUGCAUAGCAUUAAGUAAGUGGUAAAUACUCAUUUAGCUAUGAUACGAGAACUAAAUAGAUAAAUAGCUAUGUUACACUGUUAUUAAGUACUAGUGAGCUCACUAAUAUAGACGGGAACAUAGACUGAUGUUAUUUAAAAUUUUAGUCCCCUCAGAAGGUCUGUCAUUCUCAUCAGGGGCACAGUGAACAGACCUGGAAAGAGAGUCAGCGCCGAAAGGGUAAAGCCAAAUCGGUCCGGAGAAAACUUCAACUAAAUAACCCGACAACGCGCGCGUUAAUAAAGCAGAAAAAAAUACAGUUAACCGUGGAUGAAAUCAAUCUUGUUUUUGACUCUCUUUCCGCACGUUUCAAACCGUGGUACCACAGCUGGCCCUACGUGCUUGAGUUGACUACCAUCAAUCUAUGUUUAAAAUAGUUAUUUUUACCGUACAAGUCCUGAACUUUCAACUUUCUUGGUUGUUUCAAAUUUGAAAGGCAGCUGCUCGCUUCCUGACCAUAUUUCAAAAAUCUGCUUUCGAUAUGAUAAUGUCUGUGCAAAUAUGAGAGAUCAUAACAAUUGCAGGCGAUGCCUCACCAAGGUACCAACAAUUUUCUUUUCUAAACGAAUUAGAAAUAAAGUUUCAAAUGCGUCUAACUCACCGCAGCUUGAAUAAAAACAACUGGUAGGAUGACUGCACUUUGUUUUCUUCACUCGAUGGCUUACGUCAUUUCAUAUCACGCGCAAUCUCUUCAAAAGUUAACCGGCAACCGCCGAGAACUUUCGCGCGCAACUUGGAGGAGUUACGUCACAGUAAUUCUAGUGUCCAAGUGAGGCCUUUUUCUCACUAUUUCGGUUUUCUUAUUCCAAAGAAGAUAUAGAAUUAAAUUACAUAAAGUUUAUGUCUGUAAAAAAUGUACAGCAUUUUUUUAGUUAACCAUUUCCAUCAUGGGCUAAGCCAAAAAAUACAUAAAUAAAUAAAUGUGAUGAAGGUGACAUACAAACACACAAACAAUUACUUAAAUAACAAUAAUAAUGAGUUGUGACGGGGUUUAACAACCAUGGUACCCCGCCCACAAACAUCCCUAUCUGAUUUUACAAGCAACCAAAAGGAUGCCUGUCGCCGAGUGCAAUGACCCUCUACAGCCGUGAACAAGCUGACAGGUCUGGCGCACAGCGGGCAGUUUAAGGGAAAGACAUGGUUGCCAUAUACCAGAAUAGCCCAGUAUAUGGAUUCAAUAGCUCAGUUUUCUUUUUUGUUAGUUCAAUAACGACACAGCAGUUCAAUAAGUAGACAACAGAUCAAUAACCACACCAGUGGUUCAAUGACUACACAUCAGUUCAUUGAGCGUAAACUACAUGCAGCUGUGGGAAGAAUAGCCACAAAUACGUUAGUUAUUUUUUAAUAAUAAUGCAUAGCAUUAAGUAAGUGGUAAAUACUCAUUUAGCUAUGGUACGAGAACUAAAUAGAUAAAUAGCUAUGUUACACUGUUAUUAAGUACUAGUGAGCUCACUAAUAUAGACGGGAACAUAGACUGAUGUUAUUUAAAAUUUUAGUCCCCUCAGAAGGUCUGUCAUUCUCAUCAGGGGCACAGUGAACAGACCUGGAAAGAGAGUCAGCGCUGAAAGGGUAAAGCCAAAUCGGUCCGGAGAAAACUUCAACUAAAUAACCCGACAACGCGCGCGUUAAUAAAGCAGAAAAAAAUACAGUUAACCGUGGAUGAAAUCAAUCUUGUUUUUGACUCUCUUUCCGCACGUUUCAAACCGUGGUACCACAGCUGGCCCUACGUGCUUGAGUUUUCUGUUUUGUUAGUUCAAUAACGACACAGCAGUUCAAUAAGUAGACAACAGAUCAAUAACCACACCAGUGGUUCAAUGACUACACAUCAGUUCAUUGAGCGUAAACUACAUGCAGCUGCGGGAAGAAUAGCCACAAAUACGUUAGUUAUUUUUUAAUAAGAAUGCAUAGCAUUAAGUAAGUGGUAAAUACUCAUUUAGCUAUGGUACGAGAACUAAAUAGAUAAAUAGCUAUGUUACACUGUUAUUAAGUACUAGUGAGCUCACUAAUAUAGACGGGAACAUAGACUGAUGUUAUUUAAAAUUUUAGUCCCCUCAGAAGGUCUGUCAUUCUCAUCAGGGGCACAGUGAACAGACCUGGAAAGAGAGUCAGCGCCGAAAGGGUGAAGCCAAAUUGGUCCGGAGAAAACUUCAACUAAAUAACCCGACAACGCGCGCGUUAAUAAAGCAGAAAAAAAUACAGUUAACCGUGGAUGAAAUCAAUCUUGUUUUUUGACUCUCUUUCCGCACGUUUCAAACCGUGGUACCACAGCUGGCCCUACGUGCUUGAGUUGACUACCAUCAAUCUAUGUUUAAAAUAGUUAUUUUUACCGUACAAGUCCUGAACUUUCAUUUUUCUUGGUUGUUUCAAACUUGAAAGGCAGCUGCUCGCUUCCUGACCAUAUUUCAAAAAUCUGCUUUCGAUAUGAUAAUGUCUGUGCAAAUAUGAGAGAUCAUAACAAUUGCAGGCGAUGCCUCACCAAGGUACCAACAAUUUUCUUUCCUAAACGAAUUAGAAAUAAAGUUUCAAAUGCGUCUAACUCACCGCAGCUUGAAUAAAAACAACUGGUAGGAUGACUGCACUUUGUUUUCUUCACUGUAUUGCACUCUUAUCUUUUGUACCAACAAUUUUAAUUCACCAUUUUAAUUUUUUAUACCAUAGCGAGUUUCGUUCCCGAGGGUUAUUCCGGAAUUUUUAGAGACGUGGCUAAUCGAAUGGCGAAAAAAAUCAAAACCCCAGAAAUUCCCUGGACCAAAAAUCAACCUCCCAAAAAAUGCUAUACAGAAGUAUGCACCGCUACAGUUCUUUAGUUUACGACAAGCCUACUAAGAAAAUACUUGCCAAAUUUUUCCUACCCCAAAAGAAUCGCGGAAUCGAAAAUUUCAAAACCAAAAAAUCCUUCGAUUAUCGCCGUCACCUGAAAUCCAGAGCACCUCCACUGGAGUUUCGUUCUACCCCAAAUUGUUUUAACUAAAGUUAAUUGCUUAAGACGUACUUCAUAACCGCAAAACAGAUUAUCGAAUGCGAAACUGAAUAGGAGAGACCUACAAGUAAGAAGGAAACAACCACGAAUGGGAAAAGAACCAAGUAUCCUCUAUUUUUUGGCAAAAAAGCGUGACCAUCCCCUUUGGGCAAUUGCAUUGCCUCUGAGUACACUUACUCAUGGUGGGGCAUUUCGAAUCAAACGUCUGUCUCGGAAACGGGAGCGUAUAGCAGAGUUUUACAUUUUUAGCGCCUUACUUUGAGAAAUUUAGCGGUAUUAUGGUGUUUGGCAAAUUUUCAUGUGUUACUUAUGUAAUUGUGGUCUUGAAUUCUGAUAUUGAGGUAUUCUAAACAUGCGGAAUUUUUUUGCCUUGGCGAUUUUUAGGUUGGUUUAAGUUGUCAAAUUUGUCGAUUUUUAUUUUCUGGAUUACGUAGUUCGGUAUACCCCUAGCCGCUCUAAUAGCCGCUCCAAUCUUAAUAUUUUAGAAUGCGUAUACGUCUACUACAAGACCGGUUUCGUUAGUGUGAUAUCCUGCCCAGUUGCGGUAGUAUAAAGAUUUUCACUUUAGUUCCAAACAACAUUCCUAUGGUAAUUUGUUAUGCAGUUGAAGACCCUCGUUGAACCCAUCAACAGAAACAUUCAGAGAACGGCCGUGUGCAUUUAUAUUAAUGGAUGCUGAAAUCCUACCGUGCAGGCACAGCACCUUCACAUUGUACUAUUUAUUAUUAUUUUUAUUAUGAUUAUGAUUAUUAGCAUUAUUAUGACUGAUUAUGAUUAUUAUGAUUAUUAUUUAAAAAGGUUAUUUUAGUGUUAAUCUUAUCUUAACUUUUGGUAGUUUUGAAAGUAAAAAAAGUGUCGUUGUAUGUGGUCAUAGCAGCCAAAUAUCUUUAAGUAGGAAACAGGAUUUAUCUGAUUAACAAUGUUUAUAUCAGGAAUUUUUAUCAACAAAGUAUUAUCAAUAACGAAAGCUGUUGCAAAUUAUGACUAUUAUCUCCUUUAAUAAAUUCUAUGAAGCUUCAAGUAAACUUAACCGAGUUUCAGUUGCACGAAAAUGAGACAAUAUGCAUCUUUAUAAGGGCCAUCCUAAUGAUAGCACAUUGCUGCAAUUGACUCCUGAUUCCGUUUUCAAAUAUGGUUCUGUCACGUAUUAGUGUAACUGGCACUGUAACUUCCUACUGCUAGUAAGUCGAUUGACUAAGUAACAAAAAAAAACAACUGAAAAAAAAGAAAAAGUUCUGAAUCGCAAGACUAAUCAGUCACCGAGGUUGUCGAAACGUGAGUUCGCAAUGGUUGGUUUGUAUUGUGGCCUGAACGAGUGGGCCACUAAGUUCUGGAAAGCAGUUUCAUGUCUUGAUUGAAAGCGCAAUGGAAAACUGAAUCAGAUUACGUGUACUGUCCUGCUGUAUGGAAAUGACUUCAAUGUGCGUUUCUUGACUGCCUGCCACAGAAUUUUAAUGGAUUUGUUUCGAUAAAAGUUUUUUACUAACGAGAGUUUACCACUUGUGGCAAAAUGAAUGGUUGUUUUAGUAACAGUGCUUAUACAAGUGAAUAGAAUGUUAAUUUAAAGCUUUUUACUGAUUUUUCCAGAUCAAACCAUUAUGGCACAGAGUGGAAACGGAGCAGCAUGUGAGAGUGAUGUUACAUCACAUGGUACCGGAAAAGAGCUGAACUUUGAUGAUGACACACUGAAAGGUAUAGAUUCUUACAACUGUUAAUAGUGUAUCAUCAAAAGGCCUUUAAUAUAGCAAAAUAAGGAGGAAUGAAAUAAAAGAUACAGAAAAGAAAAAAAAACCCUCAUUUGAAAACAUUCAACAUACGGAAGUGGUUAAAGAGUCAAAGUCUUUAACCAUUAUCUCUACUGAAGGUGGUUUUUUUAACUUUUUAUCUAGGUUAGGCUUUUCCUAGAAUUUGUGGUCGACUAAUUCCUUUAUCUUUCGGAUUCACUAUUUUAUUUGCCGUUGCAUUUUCAGCUUUUUUAGCAUUUUUAACCUCAGAAAGUGAGGAACUGAACGACCAAAUUUGCUACUAUUUCAAAAAUCUGUGAUCAAUGGUCAACGCCAUUUAUGAGUUAACAAGUGACACCAUUUGCCUAACCAGGGAAAUGAUCUCCGUCAA